AAUUUUCAUUUUUCAAAUUAUGGCUGAAUAAACCCAAGACAAACAAUUCAAGGGAGUUAAGAAGUUUACUUAUAGAGGCCUCUAACUUGAAGAGCUCGUAAAACUCCCUAUGGAUAAAUUGGUGGAAUAAUUCAGAGCCAGAUAGAGAAGAAGAAUCUCAAAUCAAGGAGAAAAGGUGCAUGCAUUCUAAAACUUGAUGAAGAAGAUCAGAAAGUCCAAGAAAGAAACAUUACCAGGAGAGAAGCCAAAACCCGUGAAGACUCAUUAAAGAAACACAAUUGUUGUACCUGAGAUGGUUGGUUCAAUUGUUGGAGUCUACAAUGGAAGAUAAUUCAGUAACGUUGAAAUCAAGUUUGAUAUGAUUGGCAGAUAUUUGGGUGAAUUCUCAUUAACAUAUAAGCCAACCAGACAUGGUAAGCCAGGAGUUGGUGCAACAAAAGGAUCACAACACACAGAUUGAUGUUAUGCAUUUAAAAGUACAUUAAGUUAUUUCUACAAUUAUUAUUAAGCUUCAAAUU